UAAUCCCUUGGGCAGCAGUCUCUGCCUUUGCCAGCAAGGAAAACCCUCGUCCUGAACGAGUUUUGUCAUCUCCCAGUGCAAUGAAGAGAUUCCUGCAACACAGUCAAUUGGAUCAGCCCAGAUAACAGGUUUCUGGCAGUGGGGUCCCAGGAACACACUGUGGAUUUCUAUGAUCUCACCCAAGGCACAACCCUGAACCGAAUCGGGUACUGCAAGGACAUUGCCAGCUUUGUCAUCCAGAUGGACUUCUCUGCAGACAGCAGGUACAUCCAGGUCUCCACGGGCGCCUACAAGCGCCAGGUUCACGAGGUGCCCCUGGGGAAGCAAAUCACAGACCCUGCAGCCAUAGAGAAGAUCACCUGGGCCACGUGGACCAGCAUCCUGGGAGAUGAAGUCCUCGGGAUCUGGCCCCGCAACGCAGACAAGGCCGACGUGAACUGUGCCUGUGUGACCCACGCCGGGCUCAACAUCGUCACGGGGGACGACUUCGGGCUCGUGAAGCUCUUUGACUUCCCCUGCACAGAAAAAUUUGCCAAACACAAGCGGUACUUCGGGCACUCGGCGCACGUCACCAACAUCCGCUUCUCCCACGACGACAAGUACGCGGUGAGCACCGGGGGAGAUGACUGCAGUGUGUUUGUGUGGCGGUGCCUGUGAGGAGCCUGUUCCUGCUGCAGGGGCUGGGACAGCCAGGAAGGCCCCGGGAUGGUGCCUGGGGGGCACCUGCAGAGCAGCCCCGGGACAGCCCCAGGGCCUGGGACGGAGGCCGAGGUUUGCAGGGAACCCUUUGGGGCCCUGGGAGGCCAAAGGGGGAACAGUCCCCUCACGGAGCUGCUUUGGCCCAGUCCUGUGCUGUUCAAACCAGGGAGAAAACACUGAGAAAAUCCCGGGCCCUUCCCUUCCCAAAUUUCAGGCCUGGCCCUUUGGGCAGGAGGGGGAGGCUCUGACCACACCCGCUGCCCAACCCACCCGGGGGCCCCCAGGACAGCUGGGAGCCUUUCCCGAGCAGGAGGGGGGCACUCUGCAGCUUUCUGGAAUUGGAUGAGCAAAGUAUCACCUUUUUAAGUCCAUUUUGCUUUUAAAUACAUACAUUUGGCUAAAUUUCUAUCCAUGAAGUGCCUUGGAAUACUUUUCCAGCAGUCUGGGCUCCAGCCUUGCCUCCCACCCCCUGCUUUCCACACACGGUGCUACGACUCUGGGCCCAGGAGGGCUGAGCCACCCCCUGCUCCAGCUGGACUGACCCCAGCCCUGGGCUCUGCCUGGCCUUUAGUACCUCCCCAGGGAAUUCCAGCAGCAUUCCGUGCUGCCAGAGGGACCAGCUGCUGGCACUGCCCCGGAGCAGGGGGCACACAGGGUAUCACACCCGGGCACACUCACCUCCACACCCACACCGAGGCUCAUUCCCGCAGAGCUCCUGCCCUCUGCUCUUCCUGGGAAAACGUGCUUGACAGGGAGCUGCUUCCACAGGCAGGGGCCAGCCAGAACGUUAGAAAAAGCCCCCAGGGAGCCCUGUUUCCCGUUCCAGAGGGGCUCCCUGGAAUGUCCCUGGAGGGCCCUUGGGCUCCUCUCCCCAUCCAGCUGCUCCUGCUCCCGGAGCCCCUCGGCCCAGCCCGGGCACUGGGGCAGCUGAACUGAGCCCGGAGCUGCCCCAGGGGCACUGGGACCACAGACAUUCCCAAAAGGAAAGGAAAGUCACUCUCCAUUUGUUACAACCUUCUGCCAGAACCAAAAACCCCCAGGGACGGUGGACUUGGAAAAAGCAAGUUCAGCUUUUUCCACGGGAACUGUUCAGAAAGGAACAGCAAACGUGGGCAAUGUCAAAACUGGCAUUUAAGCUACUUAAAAUUCCUGGGGUGGAACCACUACCGGAUCUUUAAAUUACCUUUCUUUGUUAAUUAAAAUAAAUAAAG